CUCCUUAAAGUUUUGAUUUUGGUGUUAAUUUGUAAUUAAUGUUGAUAAAAAAUGGAAAAAUGCGUUAAUUAAAAACAAUUGGCCUAUGAUUGAGUAUUGGAAGUUAGAAAAGCCAAUGUUUCGCAACACAACACGUGUGGAGAAUACUUGAAAUGUCCAGAAACAUAAAACACAGUUCAAGAAGCGGUGAUACAACAUCCAAGGCUGCCUCUGCUGCUGGCCAUGAAUCGCAACACCACCAUAAGGACGAAUUUGGUGCAGCAAACAACCGCAAGGAGGGCUUUGGUUUGAGUACGAAGGUGGCCUUGGGCCGCUUACACGAUGAAAUUGAUAAUAUACUCAAAGAAUAUGAAAGGAAAUGGGUGGCAGAGAGUUCAUAUCGCAAGAUGCGUUCAGCAUUUGUUAAACGCUAUGACAGCCCACUGGGAUGGUCCUCUAUUGCCACCUCACUGCUGACCACAGUGGCAUUGCUUAUCGCCCAAUCAUACCUUGCCGCAUUAUGUUUGUUGGCUAUCUUAUCAUUGGAUUUAUUUGUUGUAAUACGCGAAAAUAAUCUACGAAGAACAGAAGUGUAUCGUAAAACACGCCAAAUAUUGGAUGAUCUACGUGUGGCGGAGGAGGAAUUAUGUAGCGAUUGGCAAGCUUGUAAUUAUCCGCACAAUUGUUGUCCCAUGUCACCUUGUGUGUCCCUGCAAUGGACCUAUAGAGAUGGUGUCAUAGUUAACUUGCCUUGGGCAUUGUUGGUCAAGGGUGAUUAUAUUGUUUUGAGACCGGGCCACAUAACACCGGGUCCCUGUACUGAGGUCAAUGGCAAAAGAAAAUUUAGUGAUCAAGAAAUCUAUGGAGUAUUACAAGCAGAUACACCACCCAUGAAACCGGUAGCAAGAAUACCUUUACCGGAUAUGGUUUGCAUACUGGAAACUACGCCGUUCCUAAACAAUCUAAAAUUGAUUUUGGAAAAUUGUGCAAAGAGACCGGCCACAAUAUACAAUCAACAGAGAUAUUUGUUGGUCACCAAAUACAUACAACAAUGGGGUUUUAUAUGUGCCCUUACUGUCACACUCUUUGUUGGCAUUUUAAGGCUACACGGUUUUGGUAUAUCCUCAGAGUCGGUAUAUCAUGAGACAUGGAGAGAUGUUAUUAUUGAAUCACCAGCUGCAGCAGUUAUACCGCUAUUGCCUUUAAUAUUUCCUCUUCUAUGGAUUUCCAUGAAUCUUUGGGGCGUUGCGCGAUUACAGUGUUUUUUGCGAACACCUCAACUUGUAAUGGGCAAGGACUCAGAGAAAUCCUUUGAAGAAGAUGACAUGCCUGCAUUUGAUUAUGAGAACUUGGCAUUACAUCGUUCGAAAGUGUUUCGCAAUUGGCUGCAAUUGUGGCGCGGCAACAGUGAACUUUUGCCGCGCUCAGCAAAUCUGGUGCAAGUUUUGGGUUCCAUAACUGCAUUGUGUUGUGUCGAUAAAAAGGGUAUUUUGUCUUGGCCCAAUCCCACGGCUGAGAAAGUAUUCUUCCUGCAUGAUACCGAUGAGGAUGCUUUGGAGGAGAAAAGUUGUCAGACUUCUUUGAAUUCUGAGAGCGAUAUACCAGAUCAUGCAGUGCCCAAGGGCAAUGGCAUAGUGGCAGAGGUGUUGGAUUUGACACACGAUCAACACUGUCCAUUUCGUUUGGAGUUUGAUGAUCAGGAAUGGAAGAAUCACAUAAAAUCAUUGAAACCUUUGGGUCUAGCAAUUCUGCUCAAUACUUGCUCCCCCUUGACCCAUGUGCAUUAUGCUCAAUUUUGUGGUCAUGUCACUGCCGUGGCUAUGCUAGAUACAAACUUAGUUCCUGUUACAAACCGGUAUGAGAUCGUAGAGUCCAGUAUGAAAAGCUUUUUGCAUGGUCGUUGCCUUUGUGAAUUGGCCAAGCAAAUUGGAUUUACCGAUCAUGCCACAGAUCGCUUUAGUUUGGAGGGUCAGCUUGCUACCUAUAGGCAUUUGCAACCUGAUGUGGUGCGUCGUGAUAUACGUUUCGCCCGCCAACUACAGUUGUGCUCUAAGGUUAAGGUACCUUUUCCCCAUUCCUUGUCGGUGGUAAUGCGCGAAAAUCCUGGUGGCUAUUUGUCGCUCUUCACGCAGGGUACUGCCGAUAUCAUUUUGGAUUACUGCGAUGAUUUCUGGGAUGGUGUUGACUUGCGACCUCUCUCGCCUCAAGAUCGUAAAAAAGCCUUGGAUUUCUAUCAACGCAGUGCUUUAACUGCCUACUGCACUGCCUUUGCCUAUCGGCCUUUGAGACAUGGCAUUAAUGGGGCCCUCAGCGGCGGUCCCAACAAUAGUGGAAGUUUGGCGUAUCUAGAAUUGCCUCCAGAAUCGAAGCUGCGCAUGCAACACGUUGACAAAAUGCAUUGUGACUUUGAAUGUGGCCAUGGCAAAUUGAGCCAUAGCAUUAGCACUGAUUCCCUGUUGUUUUCGGAGGGUAAAGAGGAAGACAUUAACGAUGUGGAGGGAUGCUUUGAGAUGCAGUGUCAUCAGGUGUUCAUAGGCAUGGUGACAAUGCAGUAUCAGGCUCAGACAGAUAUAGUACAGUUAGUGGAACGUCUGGAAAGGGCCUGUAUACGUUUUGUCCAUUUCAGUAAAGAGAACGAAUUGCGGUCCCGUGUUUUUUCCGAGAAAAUGGGUCUGGAAUCCGGUUGGAAUUGUCACAUCUCACUGUUGAGUGAAUCGGACGACAAAUCGGGCAAUGUGGCUGGGGCGAUGGCAACGCAAUCGCCCAAAACCAUGGGUAAAACAGAUCUCACUACCACCAUCACCAAUACCACAAACACCACCACCACUACUGCGACUUCCAACGUCAAUUGUGCAUCGAUCAUCGAUCCCAUUACAUCGAGUUCUCAUGUUAACAUCACAACCACCACCACCACCACCCCCUCCACUUGUGCUACUACUAAUAAUAGUUAUAAUCCUCCAACCAUUAUCGCCACCACUACCACCACCAACUCCACCUCCAAUAACCGUUCAUCUGUAAUGUCUCAUGCAAAUGCGAAUGACUUCAUAAUGACCUCCACCAACACCACCACGACUGCCAUCAUAACGACUACUUCCGCUACAUCAGACAUUCAUGAUAAUCCCAUUGCAAUCAAUAUUUUAGGUAAUAAUGCCACAGACGAUGAAUCAUCCGACUUGAAUUAUCUGCUGCCGCCUGUGACCAAUCUAGAGUCUUCCAAAACAUUGAGCUCCUCAGCACCCGGCGCCAUAUCCGAUCACGAUUGCACCCUUUUGCAUGCCACCGCCAAUGCCAACAACGAAACCUAUUCCAAUGCCAGUUUGGCAGGCUCGCGCGAGUCCAUGGAGGACAAGCGUCGUCAGUCGCAAGAUUCCGCUUUAGAUGAAAACUGUCGCUCCAUAAGUAUUCUAACCGAAAGCACUGAGCAAAGUGCCCCCGUGCAUUUUGACAUGUCCAAUCGGGCAAAAUUGCCGCGGGGCAUAGAGAAUAUAAGACCUCAUCUGGAAAAGGUAGAUAAUGUUCCUUUGCAAGUAUCCUUGUUCACUGAUUGUUCGGCCGAGGCCACCCGCCAAAUGUUGGAGAUAAUGCAGUCUUAUGGUGAAAUAGUCGUCUGCCUGGGCUCCUCAGCCAGCAAUGCCAAUGCCGAGAUCUUCUUACAAGCCGAUUGCAGUAUUGCAGUGGAGCCCCUAUAUCCGCAAGUAUGUCAGGACAUUGAAGCCUAUACCGAGGCGAAUAUAAUCAACAACAAAUUGAGAGCAAAGAAGAAAAAGUUAUCCGCUUCCGAAUCCAUGCAGCUACCCGAUGAGCCUUGUGCAGCCGAAGAAUUGCUUGAGUCGGGACAAUAUGGUGGCUGUUCAGCCAAUGCCAGACCCAUGCAAUCGCCUGGAAAUACCGUUUCGCCCAUAUACUUAAGUCGUUUACUUAACUCGUUACCUUGCUCCAUAUCGGUUAGGCGCGAAGAUCCCUUGUCACUGGUUGCCAUCAUCGAGUUGUCGCGGCGUUUUUCCUCGGGCCUAUGGAAUUGCAUACAAUUUUGGGCUUGCUGUGCUGGUUCAUUGUCGCUCAUCAAUAUGCUCAGUGCCUGUCUGAAUUUGAGGCCCAUUUUAACGCCCCUUAUGGUUAUCUAUCUGAUGUCCAUCCCCGUUCCCUUGAUUUCACUGGCCUUGGCCCACAUCGAUUUGGAUCCGAAAAUAAUGAACAGAGCCACAGGCAAGAAACAAACCGAAUAUGAUUCCAGAGUAUUUGGUUUUGUUCUAUGGUGUUAUGGGUGUAAAUUUAUGACACCAGUUCUGAUUAUGAUUCUUUCAUACUGUGCAUUUAUGGAUCAUCCCUUCAAAAUAAUGGAUGUCGAAGAGGAUGAUAAACAUAUCAAUUUGCAAAUAGCGCGCAUCUUUGCCAUGUUGGGUGUGCUAUUACAUUUUGUUACGGUAUCUGCUUCCUUUGUACAUCGCGAUCAUUCGCUAUGGCAGAAGAAUCCAUUUCGCAAUAGCAUUUGGGCCUUGAGCUGUUCUUGCAUAUUGGUAUUUCAUGCCCUGGUAUGUGUGGCACAAAUUAUGCUGGACGAAGAGCUGCGCGAUCAAGUGGCCGAAGCUUGGCCCGCCAUUGUUUUUCUAAUAUGUGGCAUUUUUAUAAGUCUGAUUGUAUCGGAAAUAUGCAAAUGGCAAGAGAUUAAAGUCAAUACCCGCUAUCAAAGACGUGCCCGUUUGGACUUUGGCACUAAAUUGGGUAUGAAUUCACCUUUUUAAAAGAGUCCGCGCCAGCAUCGAAAAGGAGGGUGCACUUAUUUUUAGACAUAAAAGACUUCAACUGUGUUUUGUUUACUUUUCUCUGUGUUUCAAGGGAGCUCCUCCCUAAAAUCAGUUACCUAUCAUCUAUCAAAAGGCCAAAAAUUUUUCUUUAUUCUUAUUUUCAUCUGUGUUCAUUGUCAUACACUUGUCUGUUUGUUUUUAAACCCACCACCAUUUUAUUUAUAAAAUAACGCUCACUUUACUUUUCAAAAACGAAAAAAAACUGCAUACUUAAAUAUGAGAAUUAAUAUAACUUUUUGUAUAGAUUACAUUUACAUAAUAAGAAGUAAUACUUAAUACAUGUUAGAUAAAUAAGUUAUACAAUAUACACACAAACAUUUGUACAAAUACCUUCCAUUUGU